AUGAGUCACAACGCAAACCUUAUCAAAAUGCAACAGCAAAUCCGAAACAAUGCACAAGAAUACAGUGAUUUUGUUUCGGAUUUGAAAAAGUGGACCAAAGAUAUUUCGGAGAAGGAUAAAAAGUUACAAGAGGGAGCACAGAAAAAGAAAUAUCCACCUGUGAGAGGGACUACUUCCGAACAAUCCAUUGAUCCCGAUGAGGAAGCAGAAAAAUUAAAAGAAACUGGUAAUGAAUAUUUUAAAAAAGGAGAUUUCCAUAAGGCUGUAGAAUUUUAUUCAAAGAGUCUCCAAUUUAAACAAGAUGCUGUUGUAUAUAGCAAUAGAAGUCAAGCUUAUUUUAAACUUGGAAACUUUAAGGAAUCUGAAUUGGAUGCUACAAGAUCUAUUUCUCUUAACAGUAGUUAUGUUAAGAGCUAUAUGAGACGAGGCAUGGCAAGAAGAGAAUUAAAAAAAUACAAAGAAUCUAAGGAUGACUUUGAAUAUGCACGAAAACUAAAUCCAAAUCAUACUGAAACGGAGAGAGAACUUCAAAAGGCUAUCGAAUUGCUGAAAAAGAGCGAGGAAGGCAAAGGAACCAAGAUAGCAAUUCAAGAAGAUGAAGAAGAGGAAGUGGUCGUUCCCAAGACAUCAAAAGCUACCUCUGAAAAGCCUACAGUGUCACAAGCAAGCGUUCCUCCUCCAAUGAAGCAAGAACCUGUCAAAGAGCAACAAGCCAAACCAGUGGAAGAAAAGAAGCUACCAAAAGUUGAAGAGGAAGUUAUUGAGGAUUUAAUAACAAGUGGAGCUUCAACGAACAUGAAGGAUAUGCAAAAGAAGGCACCUGUCUCACAACCAUCGCAAAAUAUUGAAACUAACCACAAACCAGUUGACAACAACAACAUGCAACAAUCCAAACCUUCAUCUCAGCCAGCAGUAAGCGCAACUACUCCUAAAUCAUCAACAGCUUCCAUCCCAGAGACAGUCACCAUUCAUCUUAAACCUUCAAUUCCUCAAGCAGCACCAAAAUCAUUCUUUGAGUUUGAAAAAUAUUAUAACGAAUUGAAAGGCGAAGAUUUGGCCAAUUACCUAAAAGCAUUCCCACCUAGAAGAUUUGUAACAAUACUUCGUGACUCCUUGUCUCCUGAAAUUUUCUCAGGAAUUAUUGAAUGCUUGUUGAAAUACUUUGUUAGAAAACCAUUUGACAAGGAUUUUGUCCUUCAAGCGUUUGAUAUUAUGGAGCAAAUUUCGCAAGUGAAUAGAUUUGAUAUGAUCAUUAUGUUUUUAGAAGAUAAGGAAAUUCUUAUGGUCAAAUCUAUUUUCAAUGCCUUUUACGAAUUUUCAGGAUUAGAACCUUCUAAAAUUGACUCGUUGAAAGAAAAAUAUAUUCAAGAAUAA